AUGUCAUCCACCCACCACCACCACCGCUCAUUCUUUGCCUUCUUAUUGUGCAUCUCUUUACUCGUUCUCGUUCUCCCCUCUCACCAACAACAACUCAUUUCAGUCAACAAGGACUUUACCGCCGCUUUCGAUGCUGCCAUUCAAGAACUCGUUGCCGACCCCACUUGGGUUCAAUUCUAUUCAGAAAAUAUGUUUUUUGGAGUUCCACAAUGCUCGACCAAGGUUACAUGGCCAGAGAAGGAUCCAUUUGUUGGUCAAUCCUCAAUUGUGACUUGUUUUGAGAUUGGAACACUUUCACCAUGGCUUGAAACAAAAACAAAAUUGUCCGAAAGUGUGGUGAAGAUCAUUAACAACCACUACAAGACCAAUUACAUCAAUGUGGUGAAGAGAUACAAUACUACACAAUUGGGUUUCUUUGAAACGAUGAAGAACGCUGUCGGAACAGGAGAUUGUGACAUUGUGACAGCAAAUACUCAACCCAAUCCGGAUCGAGCAAAAGUUGUUCAUUUUCAAUGUGGAUUUGGUUUUGCUUCGAAGGGAUGGAUUAGAUCUGGAAGAGAUCCUCAAAUUAUCAUGCAAGAUGUUUAUGAUUUGAACAAGACUGGAAUUCUUGUUGGAGCCUAUGAUGGUACUGCAUAUGCAACCUUUGUCAGGAACACUCUCACAGCUGCCACUUAUGUUCCAUUCUUCGCUGUCAAUCUUCAAUACGGAGCUGUUUUGAAUCAAACUGUUCAUGCCUUGAUUGGAGAUGCCAUUCAAUUUUAUUCAUGGAAAAAACAAGUUGGAAAUUGCAAUUGUGAAGUGAAGGCCUAUGACCCUGCUUAUGGAUUGUCCACUUUUACUUAUGGAAAUAUUACUGAAACUAGUUUUGCAAUGGGCACUUGGUUUGGAACUCAACACUAUGUGAUGCCAAUGAUGAUGAUUGUUGUGCUUUUGAUUCAAACUUGGUUCAUGUUUUAA